AAAAAUAACUUUCAACAAAUUCUGAUUUUCUCCGCUCUCCAUUGACUGUAGUCUUUGUAAGCUGUAACCAGUGAACAAUAACUAAAUCAGAAGACAAAGAGAAGAAGAAAGGAGAAAGAAGAAAGAAGAAAGAAGAGAGAGAAUGUCAAUUCUGGGCGACGAUGGAAAAGGCUACGAUCUAGCAAGAAAGCUUGAAAGCUCCGGGAUAUGGCGGACAUGGCUUGGCGAUUCACUCUACUCAACUUUCAUCCACUUUCUCUCUUCUCCUUCUUCUUGGGAUGCUUUCAUGGCUUCCGAUGACUCUAAGUCCAAGUCUAGGUCUCACAUCCAACUUCAGCUUCGUGUUCGCGCUCUUCUCUUUGAUAAAGCCGCUUUCUCUCUCUUCCUUCCUUCCAAUGUUUCUCUUCCUUCUUCUUCUUCGUCUUCUCUUGUUUCUCUUCUCAAUCCCAAUUAUUUGCAAUUGCAUGCUGAUGAUGUUUAUUUCACCCUGGAGGAUGGUGUUCCUCAGCGAGAUUCUAAGGUUCAACCCCAGAGAUUCAGACAGGAAGAUUUUCCGGACACUUGGUAUCAUCAAUUUAUUGAGAAUUACAGGAUGAGCAAGCCAUACACUCUAUCAUUUCCGAAUCAAGAACUUGAGAGACGUAAUCCCAGUGAAAUGUCUAAUUACCUGAAAUUUACGGAAAGGCAUAAGAGGAGGAGAAUAGUGUUCAAGGAGGAUGAAAGCAGAGGAUUCGAAAAUUCUGAGAAUAGAAUGCAACCUAAUGCAAUUUUGGAUGAAGAUAUGUCUGGUAGUGACAGCACUAUUUUCUUUCCAGAAACGAUGUUUAUGAUGAAUUGCAUACCAGAUAGUGCAGUUGCACCUAGUACAUCAAGUGAUGAUAAGCAGAAAGUGGAAUUUUUUGGUGUUCUUGAUAAAUUGCCUCAAGUGACAACCAAGAGUUCUAUUAUGCUUGAAAGGCUUGGUAUCAGGCCUGAGUAUCUAGAACAGGGGUCUGGUCAAGCCCGUACAAAAGUUCGUUCGGAUGGCAGCAGAAGACAGUUGGGUCAUGAACAAGCAAUGCAGAUAUCUAAGAGGGCGGUUGCCCGUGUCCUAACAAAGGCGGGAUUUGAAGGUGCCUCUGAAAUUCCGGUUCGGGUCUUAUCCCAGUUUCUCAGCUGCCAUAUUUCUAAAUUAGGUAGCAUAUUGAAAGUCCUUGCCGAUAGCUACAAAAAGCAGUGUUCAGCAAUGGAACUGCUUAAAAUGUUCCUCCACGUAACAGGAAAUAGUAACCUUGGCAGUUUGGCCGAAUACGUGAAGGAUACUAGGAACGUUGCACAGCAAACUCCACAGCAAGUACAGGGCAUGCAGUCUCAGCUUCCAUCGCCACAGCAGAAUACACUUCAGCUCCCCCAACAGAUACCCCGACAAAUAAACCCACAAAUGCCUCAGAUGGUUCAUCCCCAGAAUCUGACCUUACAGCAACAACAACACCUGGAGAGAUUGCAACAGCGGACAGCGUCUUCUCCGCGUCCUAUUUUGAGCAUGGAGAAAGAUCGUCCCAUGGUUGAGGUGAAGCUGGAGAACCCACCUGAAUUACCUUUGGAGAAUAAUUCAUUUAAUGCAAUGAAUAGACAAGCCCAACAAAUUCAAUGGCGGCAGCAGCAGCAAGUUUUUCAAAGGUUCAUGGGAUCGUCUGGCAAUCAAAUGAGGCAGCCAACUUCCAUGCAGAUACCGCAGAUACCAUCGCCGAGUAUGAGUAUUGGGACUGUUAGGGCACCACCAGUGAAGGUAGAAGGUUUCCAAGAAUUGAUGGGUGGGGAUUCCUCAUUGAAGCAAAAUCAGGAUGAGAAUAAGCUGACUUCACCUUCAAAAUAGAUGGUGAAGAAGGGGAUAUGAUGGAUCCUGAAUUUUGUCCUAGCAAAUUGACAAUUGGUAAUUGCUGACCAAUUUGGAGGAUGCAAUUAUUGCAUGGAACAUGCUACAAGGACACAGACAUCCUCCAUUGGCACCUAAAGAAAAGACGAAGGAUCCCAAGAAAAAAAAUGUUGCUUUUGACUAGGUUAUAAACAUAGAUAUCAUCUGCUUACUCAAGAAUCACACGGUCUCAGGUAUGGAUCUGUUGUAAAGGUACUCCUCGAAAUUCUUUGUAUAAUGUUGCUGCAAGCUUUUAUCCGAAACCAUUCUGCUCAUUUUUUUGCCUCAGCUCUGUAGAUCUUACCAUGUAUGCCCCCAAACACCAUCUUCCGUGAUUGUGCUACUGAAUUUUUAGUGAAUGAUCCAUCGUCAUUGUUCCUUGGUAUUUCUAUGCCAACUUUUUUCUCUUCCAUAACUCUUGCGUUUAAUCCUUGGUCCAACACAAAUGGUAGCAUAACUAGUGGUCUUCCAAACUGAAUUCCCUCUAUUAUAGAACUCCAGCCACAAUGUGUCAAGAAAGCACCCACCAAGUCAUGUGCCAAUAUUUGGCUUUGAGGUGCCCAAUUUGUCCAAACCAAACCCUGAACUCUUGUUCGUUCUUCAAAUCCAUCCGGAAGCUCCAGUGGUUUAUAUGCUUGUUUCCGAAGUGCCCAGAAGAAGGGCAGCAUGGACAGCUCCAAUCCAAGUGCCAACUCGAUGAUUGUGUCUUGACUCGGAGAAAACUCCCUGCCUAGGGCUUACAUAAACCACUGAAUCAUUUGUGUGCAAGUUCAGCCAACCCUUUAUUGAUUGCCAGGUAUCAUCAUUUGCCCUUUUGCCCUCGUCCACUGAGAUUGGCAACAAGCCUACAGGAAUCACUGGCUUGCUGUGAAGCUUUUCUAGAAGUUGUAAAUAUUCAUUUUCAAGCUCACUGCAGCUAAGUAUGGCAAAGACAUCACAGUCACGGACUGAAGAUCCACUGCGGAACAUAUCUGAAACACCAGAAACAUUUUUGUGUGUGGCACUGAUGCUCUUCUUUGCUUUGUGGAACCGGUAGACAACUUUGUUGUGGAAUGGAAUCCACUUGAGUGGACUAGUCAGGCUUUGAGGGUUACUCCAUGUUCCAGCGCCAUUUUUGACCAUACUUGAUGAUGGACCAAAAGCUGCAGAGCUCCAGCCAUUCAUUAAAGACAGGAAAACUUUGCGGACACCCAGUCUAUCAGCAGUUGGAGGCAGCCAAUAGCUUGGGAAGUCAUAGAUGAUCCAAUCAAUUGGAGAAGCAGCUUCCAGAAACCUAGCCAUCGGUUCAUUUAGACCGUCAUAGGCUUUCUUGAGUAACUCGACAUCACCAAAGGGCACGUCUGAGGUUGCUUCAGCAUUUUGGUGUAGCUUUUCAACUCUUGGAAAUGGAAGAGGGACUAGCUCAAUAAAGGGAACCAAUUCCUGGGGUAUAUUUGGAAAGAGGCGCUCAAGAUUUCGUGGAGCAGACACAUAAGAUAUGCGAUGUCCCUUUGUAGCCAAGUGCUUUGGGAGCUCUAGGAAUGGUAUCAUGUGACCAAAUGCUAGCCAUGGAAACACUACUAUGUGAAGCUCCUUCCUGUUAUCCAUGGCUCCUGCGAUACUUAGAGAAAGAGGGGCAAAUAACAGAUUACUGAAGCAAUGGGAGAUCACAACUUUGUGGAUAAGCUUUGCCACUGAAUUUCUUUGGUAUUUCUAUCAAGGGACACCUGUUUAGAUGAAUAUGCAUGCAACAUUUCGUAGAUAUAUAUGAAUUUCUAUAUAGCAAGUUAUGUGCAGUUCUACAUCUGUAUGAUAAGAAAUUAAGAAUCUGGGAACCAAAAAUCAACGUCCUGGGAAUUGUUGUUUGACAUCUCUGUUGCUUUUAUAGCUUAUCUAGUUUUAUACUGCCAUAUGUAGUUCAUAUAUGCUGAGAGUAGAACAAAAUACAGAUGUAUAAGUAUAUAUACAUGUGACAGCAACAAUUGAGCGCAUGCAUUCUGAAAAAAAUUACUGUAGAAUGAAAGAGUAGACAAAUCUAGCCAUCAUUUCUUGGUCUUUUA